AUGAAUCCGUUGCCGAUGGCCCGCCGCUCCUUGUUGCAGCAGAGAUCCGUCGUCUGUAAUUCUUUUGCGCCUUGCCUUGUAAAACACCACAGUACCGCCGCGAGGAGGUCGAUAGCUACAGCCGCGGCAUCCGCUACUUUAGAAGACCAAGCACAAGCAUCCGCCUAUGAUGGAGCUGGGUCGCAGCGGCAGCCGCUGAGUCCGGAGCAGCGCAAAUUCCUCGAUCGUGCCCUCCGCGUCAACCAAGCCGGCGAGCUCGCCGCCGUCCUCAUCUACACCGCGCAAACGCCCCCCAUCGUCCGCUCGCACCCGCACCUCCGCCCGCUGAUGAAGCACAUGCACGACCAAGAAGCCGGCCACUUCGCGACCUUUAACGAACUCCUGGCCAAGCACCGCAUCAGGCCAACCGCCAUGUACCCGGUCUGGAAGGUGGCCGCCACCGCCCUAGGCUGGACGACGGCGGUGAUGGGCAAGGAGGCUGCCAUGGCCUGUACGGAGGCAGUCGAGACGGAGAUUGGGAGCCACUACAACGAGCAGGUGCGCGUGCUGCUGGAGUGGAAGAAGCAGAUGGAGGAGCGGGGAGAGGAGGUUGGGGAGGAUAUGAAGGAGCUGCUGCAGAAUCUGCGGAGAAUCAGGGACGAAGAGCUCGAGCAUCUGGACCACGCGGUCGAGAACGACGCAAAAGUGGCUCGGCCAUACGAGCUGUUGACGAAUGUUAUAAGAGGGGGCUGCAGGGCGGCUAUCUGGGUCAGCGAAAGGGUAUAG